CAAAAUUCAAAAUCACUUUUGUCUUUUCAAAAAUCACAGCAAAAUAAUAUUCAAAUUCAAAAUCUGUCCAAAUUCAUCUAGGGUUUCUGAUAAAACAGACGAAGAAGAUCCAAAUUCGCUAACAAUGGGAGGUGAAGGAGAAGAUCUAGAGCCACUUUUUGAUUAUCGUCGUGUUCAGCCAGCGAAUUUCGUUUGUAUCGAUGAUGAUGAUGAUGAUGCCUCGGUGACGCCAAUUCCGAAGAAAGCGAAAACUUCACAAACAGUUGAGAAGUUAGAUGAUGAUGUGAAAGUGAUUGAAGUUACGGGUGAUGACGAUUGGUUGCUUCCUCCACCAAAGGUUAUCUUCGACAAAAGUAAAGACUCUGUUGAAGAUUCAACUAUUAAAGCAUUGAGGUCGAAGAAGAUGGAGCUCAUGUCAUUUACAAAAACUGUAGGAGAUGUGAUGCAGGAAGUUGAGGAGUCUGCUAAAAGGGAAGUUGAAGAAUCUCGCAAUCCAUCUUCAGAGACUGCUGCUCAGUUACCAUCAGAGCCUACGAAUGACAGGGCCAAGAUUGUUAUUACAAUACAGGACAAAGAUGGACAGAAGACACUCCGGGUGUUUGCGGACGAGAAAUUUGAGAGGGUUAUCAAACUGUAUACAGAUAAAGCUAAGCUUGACCCGCAAAAUCUUGUAUUUAUUUUUGACGGUGAUAAGAUUGAUCCAUCAACCACUCCUUCUGAACUUGGCAUGGAGGAUCAUGAUAUGAUUGAAGUGCACACCAAAAAAACUUGACAAAUAGGUAACUUAUGAAGUCCUCCACAUCUUUCUUCUUGCUCUUAUUGUGAUAUGAUGAUAACUCAUUAUCUUCGAUUGAAUUCAAGUCAGGCGCUAAUCGGAAUCUGGAAUGUCAAAUCUGUUCCAUCUUUUGCGAAAAACCAGAGUUUUGUACAUCAACAUGGGCAUGGGAAGGGAUCUCUCUGCUAACAUCUGGUGUUUGUAUCUGUGACCUUUCUCAUUUUAUCGGAAUUUUGUUUCUUUCUUUCUUUCACUCUUUCUGUCACUCUUUAUUAGGCGUGUAUAAUAUAUAAGGUAAACCAAACCAUUUUGAUUUUAACUAAUCCUAUUGAAUCCAAUCUAAAAAUC